CUAAUGAGAUUGUUUUAAACUAUCUAGAGACAGGACAUACAUUUAUGUCUGCAGACCAUUUCCAUCACCAAGUUAAUAAACAGAUAAAGUCAAAAGGAAAAAUGUAUGAUUUUGAAGACUUCAAAGAUGCUGUCAAAGCUAGUAACUCUGGAAAGGUUACUGUAAAGAGCAUGGAGCAUCAGGACUUUUUCACAGAAUUUAACUAUUCUUCACAGUAUAAAAUUAUGCAUAAAGUUCCUCGUCCAUAUCUUAGUGAAAAUGCAGACCAUCCAAACGAAGAUGAUUCUGGCGCUAGUUCUCUGGGGCUUUACGACUCGGAUGCCGACAAAGAAUUCUUCCCCGAUGAUGAGUCAACUUCUGAUACUAGCUCUCAUGAACUAUUCCCUGGCAACGAACCUGGCCCUCCUGACGAUACCGAUGAGGACAGGAAUUACGAUCCAGGCCAAGAAGAAGAGGAUUCAUCAGAAUCAUCUUUGUCAGAUGCUGAAGAACAAACACAAAAUUCAGAAACACCAAGACAAGGGAAGUCCAGCUUGGGUGAAGAUACGAACAACGACGAUCAAGUACAAGAUGACGAUGCCUCUGUGAUGGAAGAAUCUGCAAUCCAAGACGCUCCGUCUGAAGAAUCUCACCCAUCAUCGGCACUUUCACAGGAAGUAUCCGCUCUUCAUCAUCAACAACCUCGGCUUCCCGAGCUCCCUUACCUCUGA